AUGCCUACGCUUACAUUUUAUUUAGGUGCGGAUGACGCUGUGGAUGGCGGGGUGAAGAGCAAAAGCAUGGCCUUCAGCGACCCCUUCCAUAAGAACGUCAAGGUACAGUCACCUGAGCCGGAGCCUGUGGACGCAAAGGAGAAGAAGAAGCUCAAUAGAACCAGAACUAUGAGUGUGUUCUACAACGUGGCUGACUUCAAGGAUGACGAAGAGAUAAGGAAGCACAAACUCAAGAGAAGGGCCUCAGAGGAUGACACUUACAUCAGCAGCAAAGGUACCAGAAGACUAUUUGUGAAGGAUGUCGACUGGACUUUGAAAGAGUUGCUGCAAAACGAGGACACAGACCAGAAUUUCCAGAUUACAGUAGAGGACACAGGUCCUAAAGUUAUCAAACUGGGUACUGCCAACUCUGCGGGUUAUAACCACAUCGACAUACGAGGGACGUAUAUGUUGUCUAAUUUGCUACAGGAGUUGACCAUCGCCCAUAACUUCGGACAGAGGCAACUGUACUUGCCAGAAUCAAGGCUAAACGAAAACCCAGUACACCGCCUGAAAAGGGUAAUAGAGACUCACUUCUGGGAUGGGCUCACCAGGCGGCUCGAUUUAAACACCAUUGGUGAGGCCGCCCAGGAGAAAAAAAUUGAUACUCCAGAGGCUAAGAAUCCAAGAGUUUAUGUACCAUAUGACUGUCCCGAGAUGUAUGAAUACUUCAUUCAGGCUUCCCAAAUGAAUCCCUCAGUAAAGCUAGAAGUAGAAUAUUUGCCAAAAGACAUUACACCCGAAUACGUACAAUCACUGAACGAAACCCCAGGCUUACUCGCAAUCGCUAUGGAUAAGCAUGUGAACCCAACCACAGGUGAAACUUCAUUAGUUGGAUUCCCAUAUGUCUUCCCAGGUGGCAGAUUUAAUGAACUUUACGGUUGGGAUUCUUACUUGAUAACCUUGGGACUUCUCGCUAGUAAGCGCACCGAUUUAGCCAGAGGAAUGGUAGAGCAUUUCAUAUUCGAAAUAGAACAUUAUGGCAAGAUUUUGAAUGCAAACAGGACCUACUAUCUGUGCCGCUCUCAACCGCCUUUCCUUACUGAUAUGGCUAAUGUUACAUUUAAUGGAAUGGGCGGCAAUAAGAAUCCAAUUGCAGUAGAUUUACUAAGGAGGGCCUUUAGAGCCGCAAUUAAGGAGUAUAAAACGGUAUGGAUGGCAAAACCAAGAUUAGACGAAAAGACAGGGCUAUCGUGUUACCACCCUGAUGGUGUUGGUAUACCACCCGAGACUGAACCAGAGCACUUCGAUACAAAACUAAGGCCAUACGCAAAAAAAUACAAUGUGACAAUUCCAGAAUUUAGAAGAAUGUACAAUGCCAAAGAGGUUCAUGAACCAGAAUUAGAUGAAUUCUUCCUUCAUGACCGAGGUGUGCGUGAAUCCGGUCACGAUACGACAUAUCGACUAGAAGGAGUCUGCGCCUACCUUGCUACAAUAGAUCUAAAUUCUUUAUUAUACAAAUAUGAGGUUGAUAUUGCAAACUUCAUUAAAGAAUUUUGCAAUGACAAGUAUGUCGAUCCAUAUGAUAAAAGUGUAACUACCUCUGAAGAUUGGAUGAAUUUGGCUAACAAGCGCAAAGAAAGGAUAAAGUUUUAUAUGUGGGAUGAAGAGGCCGGCUUUUUCUUUGACUAUAACGUGAAGACUGAAAAGCGUACGUCUUAUGAGUCCGCAACCACAUUUUGGGCUAUGUGGGCAGGCGUUGCAAGCCCUCAGGAGGCUGAAAUUAUGGUCAAGAAGGCCGUUCCAAAACUAGAAACGUUAGGUGGUAUUGUUGCUUGUACAGAAAGCUCGAGAGGGCCUAUAGCAAUUGAUAGGCCAUAUAGACAAUGGGAUUAUCCAUUUGGUUGGGCUCCUCAUCAAAUAUUGGCCUGGAAAGGAUUUUCGAACUAUGGGUACGACAACAUUGCUAGACGCUUAGUGUACAGGUGGCUUUACAUGAUGACUAAAGCGUUUGUUGACUAUAAUGGGAUUGUGGUAGAGAAAUAUGAUGUUACCAAAGUCACUGAUCCUCAUAAAAUUACAGCUGAAUAUGGAAAUCAAGGAGUUGAUUUCAAAGGAUAUGCCAGAGAAGGAUUUGGUUGGGUGAACUCAUCCUUUUUACUUGGUCUGCAAUAUCUGGAUAACCAUGCCAUAAGAGCUCUAGGUGCCUGUAUACCUCCAAAACCUUUCUUGAACGGAUUACGUGCGAAAGAAAAAGCACGUUAUGGCCUAUAA